AUGUCGCGUCUCGAGCCCUGCGGUCCGGGCACGGACGGCGACCCGACAAGGAGGUACGUCAGGCGACAGCCGGGCGGGUCCUGCCCCUUGAUCCCCGACCCGGCUCCGGGCUCCGGCUCCGGCGGGGGCAACGGCCAAACCGACUCCUUCACCUCGGGCCCCCAGCCGUCGCCAACUUUCGCGGCCGCUGGUGCCUGCGGCGGUACGUUCUGUGAGGGCUUCUGGUGCAACCCGCGCCCGACGAGCGUGCCCCCCGACGAGCGUGCCCCCCGACUACCACGACCCCAAGGACCCCAACAGCAGUGGAUCGUCCGCCUCGACCCGGACCAUCUCGGACCCCCCAGAGGACACGUUUGA